AUGGCUAUUUUCUGGUCAUUUUUUUCUUUGCUAUCCCUAGCAUCGGCUUCUACAGUUAACCUUGGCUACACUAGCUAUGAGGGUCGUACAUUAUCUGGAGUCACACAGUGGCUAGGCAUGCGCUAUGCUGCUCCUCCCAUAGGACCGUUGCGGUUUGCGGCGCCUCACGAUCCUCUGCCUGUACAAGGAGUUCAACAGGCAAACCAGCAUAGAAAUAUUUGCAUUCCUACAGCAGCGAGCGAAGACCUGACCGUCCCUUCAGGGACCUCGGAGGACUGUCUGUUCCUAGAUGUCUUUGCCCCCGCGGGCGCAGCAGGCUCAAAGAAACUGCCAGUUUUCUUUUGGAUCCAGGGAGGGGGCUUUGCACAGAACUCGAAUGCUAACUAUAAUGGCACUGGCUUGAUCAAGGCGUCGGGAGACAAUAUCGUGGUGGUCACUUUCAACUACCGGGUAGGGCCGUACGGCUUCCUCGCAGGAAAGGAAAUUGAGACCAGAGCAAGUCUAAACAAUGGGUUGAAAGAUCAGCGCAAGGCACUUGAGUGGGUUCAUAAGCACAUCAGCAAGUUUGGUGGAAAUCCCGACCAUGUUGUCAUUGGUGGUGAUAGCGCAGGUGCUGCCUCGAUAACUCUCAUGCUAUCAGCAUACGGAGGCAAAGACGAAGGUCUCUUUGUCGCGGCAGCCGCCGAAUCCCAAAGCUUUGGCUUGAUGCUAAACGUAACUGAAGCUCAAUUUGGAUACAAUGAGCUGGUGACUGCCACUGGAUGCAGCAACAGCCAAGAUACACUCACUUGCCUGCGGAACCUGGAUGUCAGUGCCUUACAAAGGAAGAACAUCAACCGACCCUACCCAGGGGCAAAAGGCCCACCACUAUUUCUCUACGGCCCAACAAUUGACGAAGAUCUGGUGCCCGACUACACAUACAGGCUCUUUCACGAAGGCAAGUUCAUCAAAGUACCAGUGAUCUUCGGUGACGACACAAACGAAGGAACCAAGUUCGUUACCAAAAGUGUCGCCAGCGUCGACGCAGCCGAUAGAUUCAUCCAGAACCAAUUUCCAUUCAUCACUCAAGCUCAAUUAUCCAAAAUCAACAGCAUCUAUCUCACUCCAAACCAAACAAUGGCAUUUCCCGACGCAGGCCCCUAUUGGCGUCCUGCAAGCACAGCAUACGGCGAGAUACGCUACAUCUGUCCUGGAAUUGACCUAUCCUCCAUCUAUGCUGCAGCCGGUAUUUCAAGCUGGAACUACCACUAUGCAGUCCAAGAUCAGGCCAACGAAGCCUCGGGGUGUGGCACGUAUCACACAGUCGAAGUGAACUCAAUCUGGGGCCCUGAGAAUACCGGCGGCGGUGCUCCAGCCUCGUACUAUACUACUAAUGCGGCUAUCGUUCCAGUGAUGCAGGCUUACUGGACAAGUUUCAUUGUAUCGCUGGAUCCGAAUACACGUCGUCUUGGGUCGAGUCCGGAAUGGAAGACUUGGGGGCAGGGCGCCGAUGCUUAUCGUCGAAUUUUCUUCCGCACGGGUGAGACUAAGAUGGAGUCUGUUUCGCAGGAACAGCGCGUUCGUUGUCGUUAUUUGACUUCGAUUGGUGUGGAUUUAAAGCAGUAG